UUUUCCUAAUUUCUUGAGUUAAAAUUAUUUCGGUUUGUUGGGUUAUUAUGUUUUUUUUUCAGUUUCUUUCUGUUAACCCUCAUUUCUUGAUUGGCAAUGAAAAUUUGCAUGCUUAAGGUCUCGUUUCUAAGAAUACCCAUUGUCUAUCUACGUGCGCGAUCACAAAAAUAACUCGGAAUCUGGGUGGAAAAAGGAACGGAAUAACAGCAUCAUAUGUCGCAAUUUUCUUUGACUCAAUUUACAUGGCUCGCUUCUCGAUUCAAAAUGCAUUUGUCAGAGAAGCUAGAGGGUAAAACAUAUUUCGUUAAACUAGGAAUUUUUCAACACCCUCAAUUUAUGUUUAAGAAUUCGUUCAGUAAUCCAUCUAGUACCUAAUACAUCUGUCCUAUACCACACUCGUUUUGCAUGCUUAAUUUUCUCCCAGCCGUUCCUUUCAUCUAUGUUUUGGUUAGGUUUUCUACAACCACCAUCAAAUCGAAAGCACUAUACGGGUUCAUCACAUUUUAUGUAAUGCCAUAUUCGUUUUCAUCUGGUGGAAAGAUGGUUGUGCACCAACUGCUGUCAUCUUCAUAUAAAAAAAACGUUUUGACAGCACUUGGUGCACUACCGGUGCACCACCAGGAUGAAAACGAAUAUGGCAUAACUACUAAGCUAUACCGCACAAACUCUAAUUCGCAAUUGGAGACGGCUUAGAUUUACAGCUUUUGCUUAUCUUUUAACAGUUAUCGAUUAUUUAUAACAAUUCCUGGCUAACAUUUCUUAUGAUUAUAUCGCUUUAGCAGUUUAUAAUAUCUUCUACUAAACACCACCAACGAUAGGUUUUAAAAAAACGCUGCCCUGAGCUGGAAAUUUAAAUUUCGCAAGCUGGCAGAUAAUCCUACAACCGCUAUUCAAAAUGAUUAGACGCCUGUUCAGCACCCUGAUUGCAGAUUAUCCACCAGCAGGAGAAUUUCUCGCAUCCACACCGCCCAACAGUGGUUCCCAGUCGUCAAAGGGAGGAACAGGCGAUGGAGGAGGAGGUUCCCUAAAAGCAUCUUUUCGGUCUUCGCAUUUGGAAUCCCUGAACUGGUUGCACUCCGUUUCACCAUGCUUUCCAGUCUCCGGAGAUUGUAUUGAUGUAAUCUGCGAUCCCUCUUCGUUCUAUAACACUCUAUUAGAAAAAUGUUCAAAGGCACAGCAUCGGAUCAUGUUAGCUAGUUUGUACUUGGGUAUUGGAAAUUUGGAAACGCGUUUAGUCGAUGCUAUAAGCGAAAAUAUGAAGCGCAAUCUGCAACUCAAGGUGGACGUUCUGUUGGAUUUCACCAGAGGAACACGAGGUGAGCGCAACUCGCAGACAACACUCAUGCCUUUGUUGCAACAAAGUGAUAACUUCCAGCUGUCCCUGUACCACACACCUGUACUGCGUGGUCUAACGAAAAGAUUGGCCCCUCCACGAUGGAACGAACUGCUGGGUAUCCAGCAUAUAAAACUAUACCUAGUGGACGAUACAGUCAUCAUAAGUGGGGCAAACCUUUCAAACGAUUAUUUCACUAAUCGGCAAGACCGAUAUGUGAUGAUUGAGGAUCAACGGUUGGCGAAUUUCUAUGCAGAAUUUUUGCACAAGGUACAGGAGUUCAGCUUGAAGGUAAAUCGAGCGGGGGAAGCUAAUUUACACGAAAAUUGGAACAUGUUGCCAUACAAGAGCGCACAAAUUGAUUUUGCCACCGAAGCUCGAGACAGGAUACGGAAUUAUUUCCAGGGGGUGAUGGAACGACAACGAAAGGAGUUCGAGGAAGACAAAGAAUCGGAUACCUGGAUAUUUCCACUGAUUGAGAUGGGACAGCUCGGUAUUCACCAUGACAGUUUGGUGACCAAAAGUCUUCUCUCCGGCUGUCUUACCGAAUCGAAACUCAAUCUGGCCACGGGAUACUUCAACCUGACCGAAACCUACAUGGACACAUUGACGAAUGAGUGCCGCGCCGAAUGUAGCAUUCUUAUGGCACAUCCCAAUGCAAACGGUUUUUUAGGUGCCAAAGGACCAGCGGGAGGAAUUCCAGCUGCCUACUCGUUGAUUGCCAAGAAAUUUUACGAAAAACUGAAACAAUCCAACCAACAUCAUCGGGUGUCGCUGCUCGAGUACGAACGCAACGGUUGGACGUAUCAUGCCAAGGGUCUGUGGUAUUACCUGCCUGGGUCGAGUCAACCCAACCUCACCUUGGUCGGUUCAUCCAAUUUCGGUGAACGAUCUGUCAACCGGGAUCUUGAGGCACAAAUUGCUUUAGUAACCACCAAUGGCAGCCUUCAACGGAAGCUGCAGGCCGAGUACGAGAAUAUCCUGCAGCAUUCAUCGACGGCCGAAGCACAGCUGGAUGCUCGAGAGGUGCCCCGAUGGGUGCGGGCAGUAGUCGGGUUGUUCCGUAAUUUCUUCUAAGUCAUUAGGUAGGUUCUACACUAUUUAUCUAAUCUUAAACUGUAUUGUACGCUGACGGUGGCGAACUCAUUUGUGUCUCCUAGUGCUUAAACUUAGCUGUGCGCCGAACAAAUUUUAAAUAAUUGUACCAAAAAGUUGGAUUACAGAAUAAUUUUAAUAUUCAUAUGGACGCCAUAUUUAAAAAAUACAAGGCUUAGUUAAAUUGAA